UUCCCCAGGGGGAGGGCACUUGCUAGCUGUGUGAUGAGGAAAAGGAAGUCCCAGGAAACAUUGCUGGGUGCCGAGGAAGGAAGCCAUGCAGCGCACAGAGGCCGGACAGCCCAUCAUCAAGUUCAACCACUGUCAGAAGCCCAUCUACAGCUUCAGCGUGCCGCGGUGCUGCCCUCUCUGCCAGCGGGACAUGGGCGCCAGGAAGCUGGGGGAAGCACCUGUGAGCAUCGCUAACCCAUUCACCAACGGGCAUCGAGAAAAGUGCUCAUUCCUCCUCAGGCCAACCCAAGGGACGUUUCUCAGGGAAUAUGACGGAAGGUCUGAUCUCCACGUUGGAAUAACCAACACAAACGGAGCUGUGUAUAACUACACGGUGCGCGGGGUCCAGCGAGACGAAGCGGGCUGGGAGCAGAGUGUAAGCAUCCCACUCCUGCAGCCCGGCAUGUUUGGACUGAUGGACCAGUGGGACAAGUACCUGGAAGACUUCUCCUGUGCGGGGGCCUGGCUGCCUCACAGGUACGAAGAGGACCAGCACAACUGCUACAGCUACGCCCUCACGUUCAUCAACUAUGUGCUGGCCGUGGAAGGCCAGGAGCCGCUGGACAAGGACCAGUUCACGGAGAUGUUCGUGGUCCCCAGGACAAGGAAGGCUUCCAAGUACAUCACACUGCACCGGGCGAUCGAAGAGCGGGGCUUCUAUGUGCCCGACUGCCCUGAUCCCGAGACAAGCCCGCCCCCAGGGAGCGGCUCUGCUGAGCACUGAGCACCACAGCAGACCGGACAGGACGUCAGGGGUGACCCCCUGUAACAGCUACUGGGCCUCUCGGUGCGUCAAGCUGUGGUUAAUUUAAAAAGUGUUUUGGAUUUCCUUUAAGCAUAUUUCAGCUCACUGCAGUUUAAGAAUUAGUGAGAUUAAUAAAAAUUGCCCUGGGUUUUCAAAA